UUGAAUCGAUCUUAUAAUAAUUUGCCUAUUUCUAAAAGUUUAUUUUAAAUACAUAUUUCGUUAUGUACUACCUACUGGACCAAAACUGAAAUAUUAUUUCCGAUAAGAUCUUGUAACUGUACAAACGUGAAAAAACUUAUAUUACAGCACUUCUAUGAAAACAAGGUCUAGCAUUUGGAUUCACAUCUUCAGUGUUGUUAUAGGAUCACUAUGUCCGAUUGUCUAACAUGCGCCAAAUCCGUUGACGGCAAAGAGCAGUCGUUCGAGAUUGAGUCGAACAAGGAAAUCCAAAAUGCCUUGUGCAAGCAUUUCUGGUUCGAAGAAAGCCAAUACCUCAAAAGAUUCAUUUGUUGUCCAUGUUGGACCAAGGUUGAAGAUUUCCAUCGGUUCUACUGUGAAGUGGAAGAAUUACAUUCGAAGACGAUCUUUCCCCCCGUACAGCUGGUAGAGAUCAAGCAGGAAGAUGUCCAGCAGCAUGAUUUCGCUCCGGAAGAGCAAGAUGUUCUCAAGGAAGCUGAUACCGAUCGAAAAGACUCCAGUGAGGACGACGAUAACUGCCAGAAGAACGCGUUCAGUCCGGACACAGGUGUGACGAGCAAGCGACCGAGAUUGCAGAAGAACCCGUUGGAUGCGGUUCAGCAGUACAUUUCACAGAAGAUCCACUUGGAUUGUGAUAGUUGCGCGCAGCGAUGCGAAACAUUCGAAGCAUUGCAAAGGCAUUCCAUGAUGGAGCACGCGAAGAAGGCAACUGUUGUAUGUUGCAGCCUGAAGUUUACGAAUAACCAUCGAUUCGUCGAGCAUAUACGGUUGCAUCUGGAUCCGCACCAGUUCGAAUGUUCCCAUUGUUCCAAGCGGUUUGGAAACGGAGAGGCACUCAAAAGACACGUUCGAAGCAUCCAUGCUGCGGAACCGGGAGACGCUAUAAAGGAUGAGCAUGCGGAUGACGGUCGGGCAACUCGUAGACAAGUUCGAAGUGCUGCGAAACCAGUGGACCAUAUCGGAGAUAAACAAAAGGAUGAACCCAGCGUCACCAAGAACGAAGAUACUGAUGAGAAAGAAAGCGAUGAUCAAGCCAGUGACGAUGAGCUGGACGACGAUGACGAUGACUACGAACAGGAGAGUGAUGAUUCAGAAGGAUCGAACAAUUCGGGAGAUGACGAUAACGAUUCCGAGGAAAGCGAACAAGAAACUACAACGCGUGCAGCAGUGUCCGAGGACGAAGUGGCUCAAAUUCAGGAGUAUGUAUCGAAGAACAUAACGCUGGAAUGCGAUAGCUGCUCCGAGCGGCCAACAACCUUCAAAGAGUUGCAAAAGCAUUCCAUGGAGGACCACGGCAAGCGCGCCACUAUACUUUGCUGCAAUCGAAAGCUUCUGAACAGCUACCGAUUCGACGAUCACAUACGGUACCAUUUGAAUCCGGAUCGGUUCAAGUGUACCGAGUGUUCACGGAAAUGUCCCAAUCGGGAAGCGCUUAGCAGGCACAUGCAAACUGUACACACACCGGAGGAAGAUAAAAUAUAUUCCUGCGAAGAGUGCCAUAAGAAAUUUUCUACGAAGGACAGUUUGGCGAAACACGGUAGGAUUCACGGAGACCCGGCGCCGAAGCCUGCUGGUAAGCGCCGUUUGCGCAGGAAGGAUGUAGACAGCGAGAAACUGAUCGCAGAGCACAUCAACCUGGAAUGCGAUUCGUGUCACAAGAAGUGUAGCACGUUUCUGGCCUUGCAGAAACACUCAACAGCGGAGCAUAAGAGACGUGCCUAUGUAUUUUGCUGUGGCUUAAAGUUCAAUAGAAAACCACGGCUCAUCGAUCACGUUCUCUUCCAUCUGGAUCCGAACAGGUUCCAGUGCAAGGUGUGCCACAAGAACUUUCGACAGACACGGUCUCUGCAAAGGCACACGGAUAAGAAGCAUACGCCGGAGGAGAACAAAACGUUUCAGUGUAGCGUGUGCUCGAAGAUAUUCGCACGCCAGACGUUCCUGAACGCUCACGAACGGUACCACAACCCGAAGUGGCACUGCGAGAUCUGCGAUAAGCGCUUCGUUUGCGAAAGCUACCUAACGCAGCACCACAAGUUGAUACACACCAAAGAGCUGAGCUACGUGUGUCACGUGUGCGCCCGAACGUUCCACAACUACUCCACGUAUCGGUCCCAUCUGGAAACGCACGACACGUCGAUAAAGAAGAAACCGCACAAGCCUCGGGUGCAGUGUCCGCUGUGCGACGCCUGGACCCUGAAGCUGUCCCAUCACAUGCGGCUGCACUCGGGGACGAAGACUUGCGAAAUUUGCGGCGAGGAAUGUAAGAACAAAGUUACCUACCGGUAUCACAUGAAGAAUCACAAAACGGGUGAUUUCAUUUGCACGGUUUGUGACAAGAGCUUCAAGAGAGAGAUUGGGUUGAAGGAACACAUGGCCUCGCACACGGGCGACGUGCUGUACAGUUGCGAUUUUUGCGACCGAACGUUCAACUCGAAUGCUAACAGGGCGUCGCACCGCAAGAAGAUGCAUCCGCAGCAGUGGCUCGAGGAAAAGCUAAAGAAAGAGGCGGCCAGGAUGGGAACGUCGAAUGAAACGGUUCCCACGUAGAUAGGUGAUUUAAUGUUAUACAUUAUAUAUAAUUGAAUAAAUCAAAUGUGUUAAAAUUCGUUUUCA